AUGAACACGUUUGGGAAGAAGGACCUGGGGCUCUUGCUGCCGGACGAUGAGCCCGGCGAUGUCAUCUCGCUCAAGCACACGCGUGUGAACGAAGUCACCGACACGUACGAAGCGCCCAAGCCCAAGCUCGACACGUCCAAGAAGGUCCUGCGCCACCGGGCCGGCCAUGUGCCCGAGCACGCGCUCGGCGAGCUCAUGGAAGACGAAGGUAGGGCGAGCGACUUUCUUCGCAGAAGCACGCCUGCGCGACCGGCGCCAAAGGCACUGCAGAUCGCCAAGCCCGAGCGUAGGAAGAUCGAGGCGACGGUCGUCAAGGCGGCGGCGCCCCGUGCUGCGCCGUCCAGCACUUUCCAAAAGGCCGCGCCGUUGCUCGACUCGGACUCGGGCGAAAGCGACGUCGAAGACGACCGACGCGCGCGGCUGCGUGCCAAGGCCCUCGCGCAGCAAAAGGCGGCGCCAGAGGCCAAUGCCAUUGCGUUGCCGCUGCCGACGGGGCCUCGACGCGAGGUCGCGCUCGAUGCCCACGACACGGCGUCCGAGCACGAGUCGUCGUCCGAGUGGGAGACGGACACGGACACGUCCGAGGAUGAGCAGAUGCUCAAGCCAGUCUUCGUGCCCAAGGCCGCCCGCGAUACGAUCCGCGCCCAGGAAGAAAAGCUCGCGCUGCAAGAGAAGAAGGAAGAAGAAAAAGCCGCCAAGAUGGUCGAACGCAAGUCCGAGUCGCGCAAGCUUGUGGCCGAAGUCCUCCAGCGCGAGCAGGAGCUCACGACCGACGAGACGACCGACAUUGACGACAUGCCCGACGACACGGACAACGUCGACCCCGAGAAAGAGCGACAGGAGUGGGAGCUCCGCGAGAUGCGCCGGCUCAAGCGAGACAAGGACGAGCGGCAAGAGCGUGAGCGCGAGAUUGCCGAGACGCUGCGUCGGCGCAACCUUACGGACGAAGAGCGCGAAGCUGAAGAUCGGGCGUCCGGGAAGCUCAAGGACGACGAAGAAAAAGCCAAGUGGAAGUUCAUGCAAAAGUACUACCACAAGGGCGCGUUCUACAUGGACGACAAGAGUCUGGCGCGCGACCCGUCCGACGUGCGGAAGCGAGAAGCAGACGCGCCGACGCUUGAAGAUCGCCACAACUACGAGGUCAUGCCCAAGGUGCUCCAAGUCAAGAACUUUGGCAAGGCCGGCCGGACCAAGUAUACGCACUUGGUCGACCAAGACACGACCGACUACCUCAACCCGCUCAAGCGCACCGACCAGAUGAACGACAAGUACACGACCAAGAUGGCGGGCAUGCGGGCGAUCUCGCGACCGACCAAGAAGGCCAAACACGACUAA